AUGUUAAUUGUUUUGCUUUUAUUUUCAUUUUCAGUUUAAUUAACAUCUUAGAAAAAUGAUUAAUCAAAUGAAGACUAUAAACUUAUAAUAUUCUCAGAAAUUUGCUAUGAUUAAUUUUUUGGUGAUUAAGAACUGAAAAAUGAAUGCAUUUCGGAUGUAUAUUAUAAAUGCAUAAUAGACAAUAAGUAGAACAAUUAGCAUUUUAAUGGUAGCAUUUGCUAUUAUGAAUUAAUUACCUUAAAUUCUUAAGAUAUUUAAAUAUUAAUCAACGCAAGGAAUAUCUUUUAAUGCUUACUACACAGAAGUAUGAAUUUCAAAUAUAAAUAGUUAUACCUAUUUUCAUUUAUAACCGCUUAUAAUAUAUAUAAACAGACAAAAUUUAUUUUGUAUGGUGAAAAUGUAAUAGUAGGUUUAGAAUAUUGCGUUGUUUUAAGUUUAUUCUUGUUUUACGAUAAAGAUUUGUCUUUUCAUUAAUGGCUGUUUAAGGCAGCCUUUUUCAUAACUAUCAAUACUCCUCUAUAUGUGGGUCUAGGACCAUAAUGGAUCUUCGAUAUGACUAUAUACAUUAACAUGAGUUUAUGUAAGUUGAUAAUUUAAUGAAAAAAUAGUGUUUAUGGCUAGAUUUUUAUAAAUAAGACUAAAUUGUAGGAAUAGAAAUACAGGAUAAUUGUCAUUGCUUACAUAAUUGUAAAACUAUGCAGGAAGCGUAGCAAGAUUAUUUACUUUGUUUAAUGAUAAUGCAGAUUUCUCAUAUAUGGUAUUUAUAAAAGAGAAUAUAGAUAUAUAUUUUAGAAGACAAUAUCAUGGGUACAAUAUUGCUAAUUUAAAUUUUUAAAACAUGGAGAGCGGAAAGAAAAAGAAAAAGGAAUAAUCAUGAUAAUAUUACAGAGCUAACAGGCAAAGAAAUAAAAUAUGAUUAAAUCUGA